AUCGUUUUAAGCAGGUGUAUGUCUUCGCAUUUCCGGUAUCUAUCCCAGACGAACGAUUCUGCCGAUUUGACAUUACAUCUAAAAGUUAGCGGUGGAACAUGUCUGUUAAAUGUCACAUAAUUUAUUAGAAAUAAUAUAGUUCGUAUUACCACUGUAUUCUGUAAAAGCUGUAUUUGCGAGUUAUCCAUAUCAUUUUCACGGGCAAAGCUAAAGCUAGCUAAAGCGGUGUGUCAGUAAUAGGGGCUAGUGUACAGGAAAAAAACACCUUAGUCCGUGUUAACUUAGCUAUCAAGUCAUGGCCACUCGGCGUCUGACAGAUGCCUUCUUGUUAAUGCGGAACAAUGCAAUCCAAAACCGGCAGAUAUUGGCUGAGCAAGUGAGUACAAACGACCCCCGUCUGAGUACACGUAGCAAUGCUGCGGAGCUUGAUGAGUUGGCUGAUGAUCGGAUGGCGCUGGUGUCGGGAAUCAGUCUGGAUCCCGAAGCGGCCAUCGGCGUCACCAAGAAGUUGCCCCCCAAAUGGAUCGAGGGCAUUGAUGAGAUCCAGUAUGAAAUCUCACGGGUUCGACAGAAGAUGAAGGACCUGGCGUUACUUCACGACAAGCACAUGAAUCGACCCACACUGGAUGACAGCAGUGAAGAAGAGCACGCCAUAGAGAUCACUACACAGGAGAUCACACAGAUGUUCCACAGAUGCCAGAGAGCCGUAACAGGCCUGCAGUCUCGCUGUGGCCACUGCACUGAGCAGGAAGAGAGGCUACUGAGAAACGUGGUCUCGUCUCUGGCACAGAGUCUGCAGGAGCUGUCCACCAAUUUCAGGCACACACAGUCCAGUUACUUAAAACGAAUGAAGAAUCGUGAGGAGCGAUCAAAGCACUUUUUUGACUCGGGGCCGCUAAUGGAAGAGGACGAAGAGCUAGCUGUGUAUGACAAGGGCUUUACAGACGACCAACUGAUGUUGGUGGAGCAGAACACAGUCAUGGUUGAAGAACGAGAGCGCGAGAUCCGACAAAUAGUUCAGUCCAUUUCAGAUCUGAAUGAGAUUUUCCGGGACUUGGCCACCAUGGUGGUCGAGCAGGGCACCGUCCUCGACAGAAUCGACUUCAACGUGGAACAGGCGUGUGUCAAAACGGAAGAUGGCUUAAAACAGUUACAAAAGGCGGAACACUAUCAGAAGAAAAACAGAAAGAUGCUGGUCAUUUUGAUCCUCUUUGUUAUAGUCAUCAUUCUAAUAAUUAUUCUCUUUUCAACCAAGUUUAAAUCUUAAAAUCCCUUUGACUGUCUUUGUGAGUGUUUGUUGUGGAAUCUGUGAACUGCUCCAACAAAGCUACACACGGCCCUUCACACCGUAAGUCUGUUUUCUGGUGUGCUCUAUAGGCUAUACAGAUAUUUUUUUAAUCUUAAGUUCAAAUCAGCAGUAUAUGGAGCUGUGGCUGGCGUCUAAAUGGCCUUGGCUUAUACUUGACCGUGUUGGCAUAACUGUCUGUCUUUUAUCAGGGGUGAAGACCUUAUAGCAUAUGGAUGGACAAGCAUGUUACAUUGUUUAAAGCGAGGUGUGAAAAUUGGUAGAGAAACGUAACAGGGAUUAUGGAUUGUUUCGGCACGGUAUUUUUUUGUCAAAAUACUGUGUCGAUUGUUCCCUACUUAAAUAUUCCUACGGUUAAAGGACCACUCGAUCAUUUCAUCUGAUAACGCUGAUGUGUUUGGAACUACCGCUGCUUGCCUGAUGAAGCUAGGCAGCCGGCUUAUUUUAAAUUCACUCAUUUAACAACUGCUGCAUUUGUCCGAAAUGAUUGAAACUGUUUUGUUUUCAUGGUUCAUGCAUUGUUUUUUUUUUUUAAACUGCAGUUUGCACAUACUUGAGGCCUGAGCAUAAGGAAGGUGUUGUUAUGAACGUAAUACUACUGUCAUCUGUAUGAUGAAAAGAAUUAUUUAUUUUUU